AUGAAUAACAGUUGUUGUUUCAUGCCAGAGUACUCUGUUUUCGAGAAACAACCAAAGGACAAUCAUUCUUGUUUCAUUCCAGAGUACUCUGUUUUUGAGAGCAUCCCAAAACGUCAAAAGAUUUUUCAAGAUGAUUUCUUUCCAAAUCCAAAUAGUAAUACCAUAACCCCAUCCACUCACAAUUCUUGUUUCAUGCCAGAGUACUCUGUUUUUGAGAAACAACAAAAACUCUUUCAAGAUAACUUCCAUGAGGGGUUUGUGCCAAAUCCUCCAAUGUUUGAGGAUUUUGCGCUUCCAGAAAUUCCUAUGCCUGUUUUUAGUAGCAAUAAUGCUGCUGGAGUUGUCGCGAAGGAAGGCUGUAGUAGUAAUAAUGAGAAGAAGAUGUCAGCACAGAGUAUGGCGGCGAGGCAGAGGAGGAAGAAGAUUAGUGAUAAAACACAAGAAUUGGGCAAAUUGAUACCUGGUGGACACAGAAUGAACACUGCUGAAAUGCUUCAAGCUACUUACAAGUAUAUUAAAUUGUUGCAAGCACAAGCUGGACUUCUUGCCUUCAUGGGAUCAUAUCAGGUAAAUAAAUUAUAUACUACAACAUUCUAAUUUUAUCCUA